GCCUUGAGUAUGUGUAAAAAUUAAAGACAAACCCAAAACAGGUAAAAAGUGCAAAUAACCCUGCUCAAUUGAAACGGAUCAUAUUUGUGGAGCAUCCCUGACCGACCCGACCCGACCCGGUUAAAUUAUCCAUGUGGCGGUAAAACCCAGGGAAAGGGACUACUGUCUACUAGUCUUCUUCUUCAGCUUGACCCUGAAUACAAUUCUUCCAACUCCACAACAAAAUUACUACAGCAAUUUUUCAGUUAUUCUUGAAUUAGAGCUGUGAGAUUUGCUAUAGAAAGAAAAAAAGAAACAAAUGAAGAAGCUUAUAGAAUUUGGAAGAAAAGCAAUGUUCUAUAUUAGGGUUCUGUCAGGUUAUGAAGAACGUAGAAUUCGUUCUUAUCGAUUACAAAUUCAACAACGUCUUCAACAGGCGGAAGAGAAGAAGGCAGCAGUAAGGAAAAUCCCUGAGCAGAUGAUUUUAUCAGAAGUUAGGCGCAUGGUGGAAGAGAUGCAAGCUCUGAAUAAGAAGUUAGAAGAUACUGAGACUGCUAUAAAUGAGUAUUUCAAGCCUUUAGACCAGCAAGCAGAAGAAGUAAUGAAAAUGCAACUUAAGGGAGAUGAAAGUAGAAAAGAUGAGCUGAUGGAGGCCAUGCAGAAGCAAGCACUUCUUGAGAUGGCUCAAGCAGAGAAACUAAAAAACAUGCAAAUGCUAAACACAAACAAACAUCUCCAAGAUAAAGCAUCCACAGAGACGCUCAAUCAGAAGUAAGAUAAUUUUGUAGAGUAUUAAGUUCGUGGAAUUGGUACUGUAAGAGUUCUUCUAGUUUUGCUAAAGCAAGAAGACAUUAUUUUGCCAAAGCAAGAAAGAUGAAUCAGGUCCAGCCCUAAGCAUCUGAUCAAUUUGUAACAAUAAAGAGCGACAGUCCUCCGAAGGUAGAGCUAGGAUUUUGGAUUUAUGAGUUCUGAAUUCUAGAAAGAUAGCUUAGUGGGUUCUUGAUAAAUUAUUUAUACAUAUUUAGGUGGUAUUUUACACAGUGACAGGGUCUUAGGCCUAAGCUACUGGGCAAACCCGUGGACAGCCUUGUACGCCCACCCCUGCAAGCCUCCUCAUUCAUUUUAACACCAUAUGCCAGUUUUAAUUGUGGAAUUUUUUACUUUGUUCCUGCAGGAAAUUUUAUGUUCCCUGCAUUGAAGUGUUCUAUUCCUGUAAAAAAACAUGUCGAAUAUAGCUUCAGCUUGGUGAGA